AUGUUUGAAGUGCGCCUCAACCCCAAACUCACCGAGCUCUUGAAGAAUCUUGAAGGGAGCUCACAGGCCGAGGAAAUUAUAGAGAAGGGUAGCAUCUCUAUGAAAACUUUGAUAGCUUUACAUCAAGAGGAAUGGAAGACCCAAUCUAUGAAAGAGCUACUAACACCAUUGGAGUUUCAAUUUAAGCCGAAAGAGGAGAAAAGAGCCAACUAUACUCCGGAGUUUAGAGAACAGCUUCACCGUUUAAAAUUGCUACAAGAUGAAAGUGAAUAUCAAGAGAUGAUCAAACGUGACGGUAUUGCGGCUCCUCGCAGUGAUCACGAACCAACACUGGCCCAGAUGAAUAAGCAAGUAAGGGAACAAGUAACAACGGUCAUAAAUGUACUGAUAUCUGUUGGCUCUGUUGUGUGGGCAAUUUGGUAUUGGACAGGUUCAUCUUCAAGAAUGCAAAUUCAUAAUAGGGUUCUGCUGUGUUUGUUUUUCGGAAUUUUAGUUCUUGUAGCUGAGGUUGUUGUUUAUAAUAGCUAUUUGAGGAAAAUUGAAGAAGCUAGAUUGCGAGAAAGAAAGAAGAAAGAGAAAAAGAAGGUGGUAAAAAAGCUAAUGUUAUGA